AUGCAGCCUCUGCUCUGCUGCGCCCUGGUCCUCGUCUGGUUGUCAACAGCAGCCUGGGCACUCAGCCAUAUCUUUGAUGUCCGAGAAGCCACCAUCACCAGCGUGCAUGAUGCUCUCUUCACCCACAGCGCAACAUGCCGAAACAUUGUCUCCUCCUUCAUUGCCCGCAUAGAGGAGCUCAACCCCAGCAUCAAUGCUGUCAUUUCACUGAAUCCACUUGCCCUCUCAAUUGCCGAUCAUCUUGACCAGAGGCUUGCAGCAGGAAAUGUUACAGGCGCCCUUUUUUGUGUCACAGUCCUUCUCAAGGACAACUUUGAUGCAGUUGGGAUGAGCACCACAGGCGGGUGUCGGGGGUUGGCCCACAACAAACCUCAGGCAGAUGCACCAAGUGUCAGGGCCCUGGUUGAUGCUGGGGCAGUCGUACUCGGCAAGACCAACCUGCAUGAGAUGGCUUUCGAAGGCUUGACUGUGUCCUCACUCGGUGGUCAGACCGUCAACCCAUAUGACCUCACUCGGACUCCGGGAGGAAGCAGCGGUGGGAGCGGUGCUGCAGUCGCCGCCAGCUUUGCUGUCUUAGCAACCGGCACUGACACGGUCAACUCCCUCCGCAGCCCGGCAAGCGCGAACUCGUUGUUCAGCUUCCGCCCCACAAGAGGCUUGAUCUCGAGGGCUGGUGUCAUUCCGGUCAGCUCCACUCAGGACACGGUAGGGGCAAUGGCGCGCAAUCCCAGCGAUCUUGCCGUGGCACUGUCUGUCAUGGCAAGUGUCGGCUUUGAUCCUCGGGACAACGUCACUGCCUUGGCUCCGAGGCAAGUCCCACCUCAAGAUUACUCUGCGUCUCUGUACCGUGGCAAUCUGUCAGGGUUGCGCCUUGGUCUGCUGGACGGCUUCUUUGACCACACCACAUCGAUCGAGACAAUGCCCGUCAACAACAUCAUGGCGAGCAUGGUGUCCAAGCUUACCGAAACUGGUGUUGAAAUCAUCAACAUUACGGACCCCAUCUAUGACACGCUAGCCAUCGCAAAACUGGACGUGCAGGCGUUUGAGUUCAAGGACUUGCUUAACGCUUACCUCACGCCAACAACUGCCAACCAGGUCUCCAGAGGCCAUGAAGUCCUCCGCCCGACGAGCUUUGAUGAGCUAUACAACACUGAUACUGGCACUGGCACCACCAACUUCCUAGUCAUCCCGGCCCAGCACCACUUCAUCAAGAAAGCGUCGUAUUCAUCAACCCGCGACGCUCCCUACCUUGAAACCCUGAACCGCAUCCAGGAUUUAACGCGCGCCCUCGAAACCACAUUCACGGCAAACAAUCUGGACGCGAUCAUCUACCCCGAACAAAAGAACCUUGUCGUUAAGAUCGGCUCGCCGUCUCAGAGUGGGCGGAACGGCAUCUUGGCCGCCCUGACCGGACACCCUGUCGUUUGUGUACCUGUGGGAUUUUCUGCCCCCUCAGAGCAUGCUCCAGUUGGUGUCCCGAUUGGCAUGGAGAUCCUCGGCCGGCCGUGGAGCGAAGGUUUGUUGCUCAAUAUUGCGAGUCACAUCAAUGAGCUUGCCCCGGUGAGGAAGAUGCCGCCGUUUGUCAACGGGACCGUAGAGCCCAAGGCAUACGAGAGCGUGCCGUCUCUUACGCCGAACGUGGCUAACAUACACACGGCGUACCCGCUUGGGGUGUUCUGA